GGGGGGCCGACCGGGCGUGCGUGCCGCCGUUGAUCCGGUGCUGCAGUGAGGAGGUGGUUGUCGCCCGUGUUGUGUGUGUGUGUGUGUGUGUGUGAGUGAGAGAGCGAGUGAGUGAGUGAGUGUGUGCGUGGGGGCACUCGGCUAGUUGUUGUCGGUGACUCCCCCUCCCCUCCACCCUUCCCCUCCCCUGCCGCCGCUGCAGUGGCCGCUCCCUGGGCCGUAGGAAAUGAGCGAUAACGAUGACAUCGAGGUGGAGAGCGACGAAGAGCAACCGAGGUUUCAAUCUGCGGCUGACAAACGGGCUCAUCAUAAUGCACUGGAACGAAAACGUAGGGACCACAUCAAAGACAGCUUUCACAGUUUGCGGGACUCAGUCCCAUCACUCCAAGGAGAGAAGGCAUCCCGGGCCCAAAUCUUAGACAAAGCCACAGAGUAUAUCCAGUAUAUGCGAAGGAAAAACCACACGCACCAGCAAGAUAUUGAUGACCUCAAGCGACAGAACGCUCUUCUGGAGCAACAAGUCCGUGCACUGGAGAAGGCGAGGUCAAGUGCCCAACUGCAGACCAACUACCCCUCCUCAGACAACAGCCUCUACACCAACGCCAAGGGCGGCACCAUCUCUGCCUUCGAUGGGGGCUCAGACUCCAGCUCGGAGUCAGAGCCUGAAGAGCCCCAGAGCAGGAAGAAACUCCGGAUGGAGGCCAGCUAAGCCUUGUGGGGCAGGCCAGCAAUAAAAACUGUCGUCUCCGUCAUCGUCGUCUUAUCCUCCUCUCAGUUCAUCGUUAGAACCCUCAAAACCAUUUAAAAGACUAUUUUUCUUUUUUUAAAUUGUUAUUUUUACGUAGAAGCUCUUGGACAACAGCUCUUCCCCAGGUCCACUUUUUUUUUUUUUUUUUUUUAAAUAAUGUAUUCCCUUCAGGGAGUCCUUGUCCCCACCAGGAAUUUUUAAACCAAAACACCCCAACUUGGCAGCUUUUUCUGUGGAGGACAGACGGCCAGCCGGACCUCUGAGUACAUGGUGUCCUGCCCACCCCACCAGCUCCUUCAGCCCAAGGAGCAUGUGCCUGGAGGACGCCUGCCUUUGGAGCCUCUCCUCCUGGUCUCCCCUCACCUCUCUUUGAUGGACUUUGUGAAUCUCUGAACUGCUCUACUUUUGACAAGAUGAUCAGAUUGAAGUAAUCAGAAUUACCCCCUCACCUUUGUAAGGAUAUUUUUUUAAAAGCUAUUGUUCCUGUUGAAAGACCAGGUCCUUGAAGAUGUCUGUGAUGUAAAAGGAAAGUGGGGACAGAUUUGCAGAGUCCUUGGCAUGUUUCACUCCCUCCUCUCAUCAGCUGUUGAAGCCUUGGAGCCAGCCCUACAGAGAGGGGCAUGGGACACUGGUGGUAUGUAUAGGAGCCGGCAGCAGUGAGACAGCCACCCUGGAUUGGGAUAGUGGUUGUUUGUGGGUGGGAUGGGGAGGGAGCCUUGGGUGGGUUGAGGUUUUGUAUUGAGGGCCAGUGAUGUUUUGAUAUUUAUUUCCUGCUACUGAAAUACGAUUCUGAGUGAAUUGCCCCAUUUCUGAUUAUGUCAAUGUUGUCAAGCGACAGAUUCAUAAAGUAAUGAUCAAAAUCUUCCUUUCUUUCUGUGUGUAUUUCUAAGAAACAGAGCCAACUGAUUUUGUAUGUAAAUACCAAGAGCGACUUACCUGGUACUAAACACACCCCAGUGCAGCCCCUUCCCUGCCCACUUUCUUCUUCCUGUCCCUGCUGUGUGAUCCAGCCCUGGUUCUGGCUGUGGUCAACAGAUCCCAGCGAAGGGUUUCAUGUCUUUAGCCCUCUUUUUUUUUUUUCCUACUCUGUUCCCCAGCAUUUGCUGAUUUCUAGUGUAUACUCUGUAGUCUCAGUCUGUGUUUGAUUCCAUUCCAUGGAAAUAAAAAGUAUGUUGUACAUACUGCCCAAGAACUGUCUUGCAAGUUAAGGCUUCCCCCUUUACUAUAAGAAUAUAAAUAAAAACUUAUUUUAUC